AUGAUGACCACAAAGCAGCCAGAGGAAGACAGCCCUAAUGUCCAGAUUCGGAUUGGAGAUGUCGAAUACUCCAUCGACGUGACGAAAAUACCUUAUUUCAAUGCAUGUCUCAGGUUUGAACAAUCUUCCGGCCAGGAUUCCGCCGAUUUACCAACCUACCCCGAAAUGCCGUUCUUCGACGUGAUCAAUGCAGGGGUCAAACACGGCUUCCGUCGGUUUUUCCGGAGUAUACCAGUCCAGCUCGAUGACGACCGUUUCCUAUGCAAGAAACUCUACUUUCUUUGCGUUGGUGUCCUCUCAGGACGGAACAUGCAAUCUAUAAUGCGAGAUUUGAGGAGUGGCAAGAGCGAAUGGAAUAUGGACGAAACGUACAGACCUGGAGGAACGAGAAAUCUGGCACGAGACUCAGUGUUUCGGCUCUUAUACCAGUUUAUGCUAGGUGACUUUAAGUCGGAUGUCAGCGAUAGCAACAUGGCCUACAACGCGGUUCUUUUCGUCGCCUCUCACCGCGAAAUCUUCAAAUACAAGACCCGGAAUAUGGUGAGGGCUGCGGAGGAGGAGCGAUUCGAUAUGUCGGAGAAAUAG